AUGGAGAAGAACGCUGCUGUCGGAAUUAUUGGCAUGGGUGACAUGGGUCGCUUGUAUGCGAAGAGGUUCAGUCAAGCUGGUUGGAGAGUCAAUGCCUGCGACCGACCAGACAAAUUUCAGACACUCCACAAAGAGUUCGAGGAUGAGAAAGGAAUAAAUAUUUUACCCAAUGGACAUCUCGUUUCAAGAGCCAGCGAAUGGAUCAUAUACAGCGUGGAAGCUGAAGUCAUUGACAGGGUGGUCGCUGAGUAUGGUCCUUCAACCAAGGUUGGGGCCAUAGUCGGUGGGCAGACCUCUUGUAAAGCCCCCGAACUCGCCGCUUUCGAAAAGUACUUGCCCGACGAUGUCGAAAUUGUCUCGUGCCAUUCCUUGCAUGGGCCUGCUGUAGAUCCCACCGGCCAGCCACUUGUCGUCAUCCAGCAUCGAGCCUCGCAGAAAAGUGUUGAUCUUUGUGUCCGGAUCCUUUCUUGCCUCAAUUCCAAGAUGGUGUUUCUUUCUGGUGAAAGGCAUGAUCGAAUCACAGCAGAUACCCAGGCAGUCACGCACGCUGCCUUUCUGAGUAUGGGAACCGCUUGGGCAGCAAACCAGCAAUUUCCGUGGGAAAUCGACCGCUAUAUUGGUGGCAUAGAGAACGUUAAGAUCAACAUCACCUUGCGAAUCUAUGCGAACAAAUGGCACGUCUAUGCGGGACUUGCAAUCCUCAACCCUGCAGCCAAGGAGCAGAUCCGGCAGUAUGCUCAGUCUGUCACUGAGUUGUAUAAGCUUAUGCUGGGUGGCCAUCGUGAAGAGCUUGCUACCAGGAUCAAGACUGCUGGCGCCGCGGUCUUCUCGAACGAAACUGCCCACCACAACCUCCUUCUGGGAGAUGACGUGCUGGACAAGUUCUCUCUGUCGAAAACCCCGAAAGAGAGAACACCAAACAACCAUCUCAGUUUGCUGGGGAUAGUUGAUUGUUGGUGGAAGCUCGGCAUUGUGCCGUACGACCAUAUGAUUUGCUCCACGCCUCUUUUCCGUAUCUGGCUCGGCGUCACAGAGUAUCUGUUUCGAGAUGAGGCCUUGCUGGACGAAACGAUCAAUACGGCGAUCGAAGAUAACACCUUUCGCUCGGAUGAUUUGGAAUUCACGUUUGCCGCUAGGGCUUGGUCUGAAUGCGUGUCGUUUGGUGCGUUCGACGCCUAUCGUGAUCGCUUUGAGAACAUCCAGCAGUACUUUGCACCAAGAUUCCCUGACGCAGUCAGACUCGGAAAUGAGAUGAUCAAGGAGAUCAUGAUGAAAACUACACAAUGA